GAGAAAAUGAAUUGGUCAAAGACUUUUUCAUUGUUAUGCCUGCUGGUGCUCAGCACCCAAGCACUCCUUGUCGUGGAGGCAGCUCGUUCUCCUUGGGAAAGCACACAACUGGCAGAAAGUUUCCUUAACAGCUUUCUUAGAGCGAUUGCAAGAAGUGGUGCAUUUUCUUCUAACCAGUUAGAUGAUAUGUCCACUAUUGGUGAAACCCUUACAACUUCAAUUGAAAAAUUUGCUAGCAGCAGUAAAACUUCUAAAGCAAAAUUGCAAGCCUUGGACAUGGCAUUUGCUUCAUCUAUGGCAGAAAUCGCUGUGGCGGAGGAAGGGGGUCUUAGUAUUAACGAAAAAACUGAAGCAAUUGGAAAUGCUCUAAAAACUGCGUUUUUAGAAACAACAGGUAGAAUAAAUGCACAGUUUGUUUCCGAAAUCAAAAGUUUGAUUUUCCUGAUUGCUCAAGCAACAUCAAAUGAAAUUACAAGUGCAUCAACAACUGGAGCAACAGGUUACGGAACACCAGGACAAGGAGGAACGUAUGCUUCUGUAAGCAUAGCCGGAUCUUACAGCCAAACUCCUCAAAGACCACAAACAACGGGACAAGAACCAUCACCUCAAGGCCAAUUCGGUCCUGGACCUCAAGGGGCUGCAUUCAGUUCCGUAUCUACCUAUGGACCUGGACCACAAGGACCAUCGGAACCUGGACCACAGACACCAUUACUACAAGGGCCAUCUGGCCCCGGAUUGCAAAUAUCGGGACCAUCUGUAGGCAUUCUAUCAUAUGGACCUGGUCCACAAGGGCCAUCUGGACCUAUUCCACAGGAAUCAUUUUCUGAAGGACCAUCCAGUCCUGCAAGUCAGGGACCUUCUGUAAGCUCCAUAUCGUUCUUCGGACCAGAACCUAAAGGGCCAGCAGCACCUGGACCGCAGGUGCCAUUACCACAAGGUCCAUCCGGAACUGGACCCCAAGGGCCUACUUUCAGCUCCGUAUCGGCCUAUGGACCCGGACCACAAGGAUCAUUGGGAUCUGAACCACAUGCUCCAUCACCUCAAGGUCCAUCCAGUCCUGGCCCUCAAGGACCUACUGUGAGUUCCAUAUCGUUCUUCGGACCAGGACCAUCAGGACCUGGACCACAGGCUCCAUCACCUCAAGGACCAUCUGGACUAGGAACACAAGGUCCAGAACCAUCUGCAAGUGUUCUUACAUCAUAUGGACCUGGUCCACAAGGACCAUUAAAGGGACCAUCUGCUCAAGGUCCAUAUAUCCCCAAAUCUCAAGGACCUGCUGUGAGUUCCGUAUCGUUCUUCGGACCAGGACCAUCUGGACCUAGUCCACAGGGACCAAUUCCUCAAGGUCCAUCUAGCUCAGUACCUCAAGGACCUGCUGUGAGCUCCGUAUCUUUCUUAGGACCCGGACCACAAGGACCAUCUCGACCUAGUCCACAGGGACCAACUCCUCAAGGUCCACCUGGCCCAGGACCUCAAGGACCUGCCGUGAGCUCCAUGUUUUUCUUAGGACCAGAACCAUCUGGACCUAGUCCACAGGGACCAACUCCUCAAGCUCCAUCUAUACCAGGACCUCAAGGACCUGCUGUGAGCUCCGUAUCGUUCUUCGGACCCGGACCACAAGGACCAUCUGUACCUAGUCCACAGGGACCAAUUCCUCAAGGUCCAUCUGGCCCAGUAGCUCAAGCACCUGCUGUGAGCUCCGAGUCUUUCUUCGGACCCGGACCACAACGACCAUCUCGACCUAGUCCACAGGGACAAAUUCCUCAAGCUCCAUCUCGCCCAGGACCACAAGGACCUGCUGUGAGCUCCGUUUCUUUCUUCGGACCCGGACCACAAGGACCAUCUCGACCUAGUCCACAGGGACCAAUUCCUCAAGGUCCUUCUGGCCCAGGCCCUCAAGGAGAUGCUGUGAGAUCCGUAUCUUUCUCUCGACCCGGACCACAAGGACCAUCUCGCCCUAGUCCACAGGGACCAAUUCCUCAAGGUCCAUCUGGCCUGGGACGUCAAGGACCUGCUGUUAGCUCCGUAUCGUUCUUCGGACCCGGACCACAAGGACCAUCUCGACCUAGUCCACAGGGACCAACUCCUCAAGGUCCACCUGGCCCAGGACCUCAAGGACCUGCCGUGAGCUCCAUGUUUUUCUUAGGACCAGAACCAUCUGGACCUAGUCCACAGGGACCAACUCCUCAAGCUCCAUCUAUACCAGGACCUCAAGGACCUGCUGUGAGCUCCGUAUCGUUCUUCGGACCCGGACCACAAGGACCAUCUGUACCUAGUCCACAGGGACCAAUUCCUCAAGGUCCAUCUGGCCCAGUAGCUCAAGCACCUGCUGUGAGCUCCGAGUCUUUCUUCGGACCCGGACCACAACGACCAUCUCGACCUAGUCCACAGGGACAAAUUCCUCAAGCUCCAUCUCGCCCAGGACCACAAGGACCUGCUGUGAGCUCCGUUUCUUUCUUCGGACCCGGACCACAAGGACCAUCUCGACCUAGUCCACAGGGACCAAUUCCUCAAGGUCCUUCUGGCCCAGGCCCUCAAGGAGAUGCUGUGAGAUCCGUAUCUUUCUCUCGACCCGGACCACAAGGACCAUCUCGCCCUAGUCCACAGGGACCAAUUCCUCAAGGUCCAUCUGGCCUGGGACGUCAAGGACCUGCUGUUAGCUCCGUAUCGUUCUUCGGACCCGGGCCACAAGGAUCAUCUGGACCUAGUCCAAAGGGACCAAUUCCUCAAGGUCCAUCUAUAACAGGACCUCAAGGACCUGCCGUCAGCUCCGUUUCGUUCUUUGGUCCCGGACCGCAAGGACCAUCUGGACCUAGUCCACAGGGACCAGCUCCUCAAGGUCCAUCUAGCCCAGGACCUCAAGGACCUGCUGUCAGUUCCGUAUCGUUCUUCAUACCCGGACCAAAAGGACCAUCUGGACUUAGUCCACAGGGACCAGCUCCUCAAGGUCCAUCUAGCCCAGGACCUCAAGGACCUGCUGUCAGUUCCGUAUCGUUCUUCAUACCCGGACCACAAGGACCAUCUGGACCUAGUCCACAGGGACCAAUUCCUCAAGGUCCAUCAGGCCCAGGACCUCAAGGACCUGCUGUGAGCUCCGUAUCAUUCUUCGGACCAGGACCACAAGGACCAUCUAGACGUAGUCCACAGGGACCAAUUCCUGAAGGUCCAUCUGUCCUAGGACCUCAAGGACCUGCUGUGAGCUCCGCAUCUUUCUUCGUACCUGGACCACAAAGACAAUCUGUAACUAGUCCACAGGGACCAAUUCCUCAAGGCCCCUCCGACUCAGGACCUCAAGGAUCUGUUGUCAGCACCGUAUCUUUCUCUGGACCCGGACCACAAGGACCAUCUGGACCUAGUCCACAGGGACCAGCUCCUCAAGGUCCAUCUAGCCCAGGACCUCAAGGACCUGCUGUGAGCUCCGUAUCUUUAUUCGUGCCCGGACCACAAGGACCAUCUGUACCUAGUCCACAGAGACCAAUUCCUCAAGGUCCAUCAGGCCCAGGACCUCAAGGACCUGCUGUGAGCUCCGUAUCAUUGUUCGGACCAGGACCACAAGGACCAUCUAGACCUAGUCCACAGGGACCAUUUCCUCAAGGUCCAUCUGGCCUAGGACCUCAAGGACCUGCUGUGAGCUCCGCAUCUUUCUUCGUACCUGGACCACAAGGACCAUCUGUACCUAGUUCACAGGGACCAAUUCCUCAAGGCCCAUCCGACUCAGGACCUCAAGGAUCUGUUGUCAGCACCGUAUCUUUCUCUGGACCCGGACCACAAGGACCAUCUGUAUCUAGUCCACAGGGACCAGCUCCUCAAGGUCCAUCUAGCCCAGGACCUCAAGGACCUGCUGUCAGUUCCGUAUCGUUCUUCAUACCCGGACCACAAGGACCAUCUGGACCUAGUCCACAGGGACCAAUUCCUCAAGGUCCAUCACGCCCAGGACCUCAAGGACCUGGUGUGAGCUCCGAAUCAUUCUUCGGUCGAGGACCACAAGGACCAUCUAGACCUAGUCAACAGGGACCAAUUCCUCAAGGUCCAUCUGGCCCAGUACCUCAAGGACCUGCUAUGAGCUCCGUUUCUUUCUUCGGACCCGGACCACAAGGACCAUCUCGACCUAGUCCACAGGGACCAAUUCCUCAAGGUCCAUCUAGCCCAGAACCUCAAGGACCUGCUGUGAGUUCCGUAUCGUUCUUCGGACCCGGACCACAAGGACCAUCUGGACCUAGUCCACAGGGACCAACUCCUCAAGGUCCAUUUAGCCCAGGACCUCAAGGACCUGCUAUCAGUUCCGUAUCGAUCUUCGGACCCAGACCACAAUUACCAUCUGGACCUAGUCCACAGAGACCAAUUCCUCAAGGUCCAUCAGGCUCAGGGCCUCAAGGACCUGCUGUGAGUUCCGUAUCGUUCUUCGGACCCGGACCACAAGGACCAUCUGGACCUAGUCCACAGGGACCAACUCCUCAAGGUCCAUUUAGCCCAGGACCUCAAGGACCUGCUAUCAGUUCCGUAUCGAUCUUCGGACCCAGACCACAAUUACCAUCUGGACCUAGUCCACAGAGACCAAUUCCUCAAGGUCCAUCAGUCUCAGGGCCUCAAGGACCUGUUGUAAGCUCCGUAUCAUUCUUCGGAACCGUACAACAAGGACCAUCUGGACCUAGUCCACAGGGACCAAUUCCUCAAGGUCCAUCUAGAGCAGGACCUCAAGGAGCUGCUGUGAGCUCCGUAUCGCUCCUCGGACCUAGAUCACAAUUACCAUCUGAAUCUAGUCCACAGGGACCAACUCAAGUUGCAUCAGGACCAGGACCUCAAGGACCUGCUGUGAGCUCUUUGUCGAUCUAUGACGCAGUACAGCAAGGACCAUUAAGAUUUGCAUCACAGGCACCAUUACCAUUAGGACAAUCUGCUCGAACGCCACAAAGAUCUUCCGGGCCUGGCUUACGUCAAUCUCCUGUGGUUUCUUCUGCUGUCUCCCGACUUUCAUCACCAGCUGCAACUUCAAGAAUAUCUUCAGCUAUGUCUUCUUUAGCGGCUAGUGGUCCAAGGAAUCCCAUUGGGCUCUCUAAAGUACUUGGUAGCAUUUCAUCCCAAAUAAAAUCAAAUAACCCUGGUCUUUCUGAAUGUGAAACUUUCGCUCAGACUCUUUUAGAAAUUGUUUCGGCUUUGAUCCAAAUCCUGAAUUCUUCUAACAUCGGGCAAGUUAACUUGAGUGCAACUGGCCAGUCAGCUGCAGUAGUCAGUCAAGCUGUUUUACAAACUCUUGGUUGAGAAUUUCGGAUGAAUUACUAA